GACAAAGUUGCUCAAGCUGAGGACAAAGUACCUCACACUGAGGACAACGUACCUCACAUUGAGGACAAGGUUCCUCACGCUGAGGACAAGGUUCCUCACGCUGAGGACAAGGUACCUCAAGCUGAGGACAAGGUUUUAUCACACUGAAGACAAGGUUCCUCACGCGGAGAACAAGGUUCCUCACGCUGAGGACAAGGUUCCUCACGCUGAGGACAAGGUUCCUCAAGCUGAGGACAACGUUCGUCACGAUGACGACAAGACUCCACACGCUGAGGACAAGGUUCCUCACGCUGAAGACAAGGUUACUCACGCAGAGGACAAGGUUCCUCACGCUGAGGACAAGAUUCUUCACGCUGAGGACAAGGUUCCUCACGCUGAGGACAAGAUUCUUCACGCUGGGGACAAUGUUCCUCACGCUAGGACUAGGUUCCUCACGCUGAGCACAAGGAUCCUCACGCUGAAGACUAGGUUCCUCACCCUGAGGACAAGGUUCCUAACGCUGAGGACAAGGUUCCUCACGCUGAGGACAAGGUUCCUCACGCUGAGGACAAGGUACCUCACGUCGAAGAGAAGGUUGCUCACGCUGAGGCCAAGGUUCCACACGCUGAGGACAAGGUUCCGCACGCUAAGGACAAAGUUUCUCACGCUGACGACAAGGUUCCUCACGCUGAGGAAAAGGUUCCUCACGCUGAGGACAAGAUUCCUCACGCGGAGGACAGAAACUUUUUCAGAAAAUUUUUCAAGUUAAUCUUGAGUUCAUUUAGGGCCCAAUAAGUAUACGUUUACACUACAGGGUGUAUCAAAAAACUUGCAAACACUAUAAUUUGCAUAAGUUUGCUGCUUACUAGCAUUUCAAUGUCUGUGCUAUUUAUUUUGUUCCUGGGAUUUGAAAAUACAUUCGAAUUAACCGCGUUGAUAGAAAUUAGAAUAACACGAAGUUAUUUAAUUUGUAAUGCAGAAAACUAAUGAUCAGUUCGACUGCGAAUGGGUCAACUAUCGUCUUUACGCACGCUUGGGAUCAAUAGUUCUGAAUGUAAUCAUGCAAAUUCUAAAAACAUUGUAUUUCGAAGGGUUUGCAGGUUUUUUAUACACCCUGCAGAGCAAACGUUUUCGGAUUCGCAAUGUAUCCAGGGUGUUUUUAUGUCGGAUUCGUUUUGCCGUUUACACUAAUGAACAUGAAUCCAGUACGAAAUGAUCAGAGAGAGAGUCUAAAUCUGGAACUUUCGAAUCCGGAAAAGUUUGCGAGAACUUCGUAUCCGAAACAAUAUGAAUGCGGAGAGAAAACUCUCGUGUAAAUGCUUUCUGUAAAGAAUCCGAAUCAAUUGACAAUUUGAAUGGAAUGAGGAAAAAGAAAACCCGGAAUGAGAAAAGUCGGAAUCUGUAAAUCCCGGAAUGAGAAAAGCUGGAUUCUGUAAAACUCGGAAUGGAAAAAUCCGGAAUCACAGGGGACUCAACUACUGUCAGUAAGUGUAAAAUAAUCAAAAUAAUAAAUUUACUUCAAAAUAUUUGCGUAAAUUAUUCGCAAGAAUGUCAGUAGAGAAAGAGCAAAAUUACUAUCCUCAACAGGUAAAUAAUGCGGGCGCGUAUGAGGAAAUAUUAAAGACCUUACGAUUUUAGGACGGCAACGCGACGGCGACGGCCAAAACAAACUCCUUCAAAUAAAUGGUAGUAAAGAUAGUUUUAUGAACACCGCGGAAAAACGUCUGCGCAUGCGUCAACCUUACCUGUAAUAGUAUAGCGAACUUGAUGAGAAGCUGUUCCGAACGUUUCCGAAGGCUCAAAAUGGCGGUAAAAAGGAGUGACUUCAUUGUGCGCCUUUACAGCCAGAUUUCGAGAGCAAAAAUAAACAUGUCAUUCUAAAAACUAGGAAUAAAUACAGCCGGAAGGUUCAAGAAAUUGUAUCGUACAACAAUAUAUACUAAAGGUGAUUGUUGACAAAUUUAUCGUCUGAAACAUUUUGCUUAUCAACUAAGCAACGACAAUCCCCGAAUUUUCUUUUGAGAUACAUUUCUUUAACAAAACUGUGUCGCCAAAUAUAAAAAAUUUUCGUGUUCAGAAUAAUUAAACUUUAGGAUUUGUUCUACAAUUUGAGUGGGUUAAGAAGCUUAACUUUUCGAGAGUUUUCUUAACUUUUUAGUUUGAAUUUUUGUUUUGAAUAAUUUUGCAAAAAUUUUCGAAGUCGUGUCCAUUAAAAUCAACAUUUUUUUUACAUGAAUUAUAUUUCAUUCCAUACUUUAAUUAAAUGCCAGGGCGCUUUCAAUUGAUGUCUAUUCUACCCAUUUGCUAUAUUUUCUCGUUUGUUUUUCUAAUUUUGGACCAAUUAAUAAGCAUGUUUUUGUUUUAGAAAUUGAUAUUCAAGUUCCCCGCCAUAAUUUCAUAAUUUGGUGCAUGCGCAGACGUUUUCCGCGGUGUUAGUUUUAUGGCAUCCAUUGAUCUGAAAGAUGCGUACUAUUGUGUCCCAAUAGCAAGCUUACACCACAAAUAUCUAAAAUUUGAGUGGAAUGGGUCACUGUACCAGUUAACUUGCUUCCCCAAUGGCCUAGCCUGUUGCCCACGCAAGUUCAUAAAACUAAUGAAGCCAGAAUUUUGUUACCUCAGGAAAUUGGGUCACCAAUCCUCCCCUUACAUUGAUGACUCAUUACUAACAGGUCAAACCUAUGAUGACUGUGCAGAUAAUGUGAUUGACACAACACAGCUCAUAGAUAACUUGGGGUUUAUAGCUCACCCUGACAAAUCUGUCUUCAUCCCCACUCAAGAAUUAGACUAUCUUGGUUUCACACUGAACUCCAAAACUAUGCGGGUGACUGUAACACUUGGAAGAAGUUGAAGCUCAUAGAAACAUGUAAGGAACUCCUUACGAAAGAAUAGCCUACUAUCCGUGAGGUUGCUAGGGUAAUAGGCUUUCUCAUCUCAAACUUUCCAGGUGUUGCAAUGGGACCACUAUAUUACAGACUUUCCGAAGCUGACAAAAAUUGCAGCACUUAAACAUAACUAAGGAAAGUUUGAUGCCACUAUGCAACUCUCGGCUGAAGCCAAGGAAGAACUUGUCGGCUGAAGCCAAGGAAGAACUUGUGUGGUGGAUAGAUAACAUUGACACUGCAUUCAACCCAGUCCAUAGAGGGAAACCUAACAUAACCAUACAGACAGAUGCUUCAAAACUGGGAUGGGGAUGUGCAUUGGGUGACAAAACAACUGGUGGUCUCUGGGCCCAAACUUAGUCUUACGAACACAUUAAUUACUUAGAAACACUAGCAGUUUUUCUGUCACUUACAUCCUUUCGGCAUAUUCUAAGUGGCAACCAUGUAAUGAUCAGUAAUGUAAUGUAAUGUAAUGUAAUGGUAGAUAAUACCACUGCUGAAAGCAUCAUAAGAGAAAUGGGAACCAGCCAUAGUGCUAAAUUAAAUCACCUAGUAAAACAAUUUUGGCAGUGGUGUGGAAGCCAGAAAAUAUGGAUAACAAUGGCACACAUACCAGGGGUUGAAAACUGUCAAGCAGACUUUCAGUCUAGGUCUUUCAAUUGGGGGACUGAAUGGUGCCUUAACAAAGACAUACUUACCUUGGCAUGUAACAUGUUCAGGUUUACCCCUGACAUUGAUCUAUUUGCUUCCAGAAUCAACCAUCAAUUCAAACGCUAUGUAGCAUUUAGACCAGACCCUGAAGCAAUUGCCAUUAGUGCUUUUCACAUGACAUGAGCUCAAUUUGCUUUCUAUAUGCCUUCCCACCAUUUAGCGUGAUAAUGCAAGUGCUACAGAAAAUCCAAGAAGAUCAAGCCUCAGGGAUCCUAGUGAUCUCAUAUUGGCCAACACAGAUAUGGUGGCCGAAAGCAAUGAACAUGAUUGUCCAACAGCCAAUUGUCUUGCCAAAAAGCAAGUAACUAUUAUCCCUCCCCAAUCAACCCAACGAGAUACAUCCCAUGUACCAAAGCUUUGCCUGCUGAUAUGCCACUUGUCGGGGAUCAGCUCAAAAAGCAGGGAUUUUCGGACACAGCUUCAAGAGUCAUCCAAAACUCUUGGCGAACAGGGACGAAAAAGCAAUAUGCUUGCCACAUUAAGAGAUGGAUAUGCUACUGUAGUAAAAGGGAUAUUAAUCCCAUUUGUCCUGAUGUGAGAGAUGGCAUUGAUUUUCUCGCAGAACUUCUGGACUCGGGUGUGGGGUACAGUUCCAUCAACACCGCACGAUGUGCACUUUCAUCAAUAACAAACAUGUCUAGUCAUUUUGGCUUUGGUACACACCCUCUAGUGUCCAGGUUCCUGAAUGGAGUUUUCACAGAGAGACCAAGUCUGCCGAGAUACCAAAAUAUAUGGGACAUGAACAUUGCCUUAAAUCACCUUAAACAGUCUAAAAUUGCCAAAGAACUGUCACUGAAAGACUAAACUCUAAAGCUUGUCAUGCUAAUGGCACUUUUGUCUGGGCGCCAGACUCUGCAAUCAUUAAGGCUUUUCCUCUGGACAAACAAUUAUGUGUCCUACAUCACCUGUUGGAAUAUAUACAACGCACAAAGGGAAUCAGGGAAAACACAAAACAGCUCCGUGUGGCUCACCUAAAGCCCCACGUCUUACAACAGGCAAAAAUUGACAUUUCAAUAUUUAAAGCUCAUAGCACUAGAGCUGUCGCCACAUCAGCGGCAAACCUAAAUCAGCUACCUAUAGAUAUUGUCAUGGUUAGUGCUGGUUGGUCAAGUGAAAAUGCGUUUGCAAAGUUCUACAAAAAGCCCAUCAUUGACCAAGACAUCAAUUUUGGUGAAACUUUAUUAAACUCUGUUUAUGUUAAUGUUUAAACUAACAUACUGUUAGACUGUUGAAUAUACCACACAAAUUUCUAGUUGUUACUACGUACACAUUGGUUUUGUACUGCAUGUUAUACAAUAAAUGUUUGUUCCAGAAUUUGUAGUGAUUGCACGGCUUUGAAGUCUCAUGUGACUCCCUAGUGACGUAACUGAUGACGAAAUAGAAUUUAAAAAUUAAACUUCAACUUACAUGUAAGUUGAAGAUUGAUUGUAAUUCUAUGAGUUAUCAGUAAGGAACUAGGGAGUCAUCCACCCAAUACUAUAUGUGGCCAAACUAGAGCAGGCAAGCACCCUUGGUGGGUGCAAUCACUACUGCUUCAAAGGCUGAAUACUCGAUCUGCGCAUGCAUAUCUCAUGUGACUCCCUAGUUCCUUACUGAUAACUCAUAGAAUUACAAUCAAGCUUCAACUUACAGGUAAGUCUCGUUUAAUUUUUAAAUCUUUCGAGACAUGGUCUGGAAACUUACUAAACUUCAAAGUGAUUUUAAUGAGCUGGGAUUCUAUGUUGAGCCGUACAUUACACCGUGCACAUCCUUUGUUUUAAUUUUAUUAAUAUUUAAAUAGCAUGGUUGAAUGACUGAACUGAAACGUUGCUAUUGGACGAUCGUUCACUAUACUGGAAUUCAAUGUGUUUAUUGACCUUGCACCGUGCACAAAACUGCAUGAACGCGAACAAAAAGAUAGAACAAAUACUUUAGCGGACUUUCCAAACCAUGUUUUGAAAGACUAGCUAUGUUGUAACCAAUAAUCUGUUGGCGUUGUAAAGCCAUUAUAGGAUAGAUAAAUUAAUAGUAGAAGGGUCGAAACAUCGGUCACGUACGUGAUUGUUCGAUGUUUUCCAAGAGUAGUCUAUCCACUCGGAGAUUUCCGAUCGCAGUUCGGAAAUGCAUCUGAAAGUUAUUUUUGAUUAUAGAGCAAUUUCUGAUUAUACAGUAAAGAGCAAUUUCUGAUUACUUACAUUUAAUAAAACUUAAUAUUGAAACUAUAGCUUAUAUUUCCAAAGACUUUUAAUGCCUUCAACCAAGAGCAACUGAACUCCUACGGACCGUGUUUAACAGUCUUGCAUGUAUAUUAGGAAACGCGCUUAAAAAGAUGCAGGUUGUAUUAAUUUGCAUUGCAACUUAAUAGGUUCUACUUCUUCAGAACUAAUUUGGCGUAAAUAUGUAUAGCAUCUUCAAUUAAUUUCAUGGUUACAUGUGCUUUUAUAUAGGUUGCUGUGAACAGUGUUAUUCAUAGCACAUCAAGAUUACUACAAACUGUACUGGAUUCUAGUGCAGUUAAAAGUUUGGUUGAUGCACGGGGUAAUCAUGAUCCUGAAGAAAAAUAUUUCUCUGAAGCAAUAACUGAAACUUUUAGAAAU